AAGAUUGAAGGGCUGGAGGACAUAUAUAUAUAUGUACUUCCAUAUAUACAUAGAUAUAUAUAUAUAUAUAUAUAUAUAGAUAUAGUUGGAAAAAAGUGAAGGAACUAUGAGAGAGGAGGUUAUCAAUAUGAGUGCAGCAGAAUCAGGAGCCUUGAAGCCACACUUUGUGCUGGUACAUGGUAUAAGUGGAGGGAGUUGGUGCUGGUACAAAGUCCGGUGCCUAAUGGAGAAUUCCGGUCACCGGGUAUCGUGUAUCGACCUGAAAGGCGCUGGAGUUGAUCAAUCCGAUUCCCAUACAGUUCUUUCCUUUGAUGAUUACAAUAAACCACUCAUGGACUUCAUGUCUUCUUUGCCUGAAAGUGAACAGGUAAUACUGGUUGGGCAUAGUGCUGGAGGGCUUAGUGUAACUCAGGCAACAAUCAAGUUUGCAAAGAAAAUUCGGUUAGCAGUUUACAUAGCAGCAACAAUGCUGAAACUUGGGUUCUGGACUGAUGAAGAUAUCAAACAAGGGGUUCCUGAUUUAUCGGAGUUUGGUGAUGUGUAUGAGUUAGGAUUUGGACUUGGACACGACAAACCUCCAACAAGUGCCCUAGUUAAGAAAGAGUUCCAACGUAAAAUUUUAUAUCAUAUGAGCCCUCAAGAGGAUUCCACCUUAGCUUCAAUGCUUUUGAGGCCAGGGCCAAUCCUGGCACUACAAAGUGCAAGGUUUACUGAAGAUCAUGAUAUAGAGAAGGUGCCACGUGUCUACAUCAGGACAUUGCAUGAUCGGGUGAUCAAACCUGAUCAGCAACAUGCAAUGAUAAAGAGAUGGAGACCAUCUGAUGUGUAUGAUAUGGAUACUGAUCACAGUCCUUUCUUCUCAAACCCAUUCUUGCUCUCUGGCUUGCUUGUAAAAGCUGCAGCUUCUUUUGGAUGCGUUUAGGUUGAUUAUAUGUAAUUUUUUUGUUGCUUCAUUCAGAAAAUACUUAAAAUAAUUUUUCCACUAAUAAACAAUUUUCAAUUGUUUGUUGGGUUAAAUGUGUGGAAUAAAGCUUGUGAUAAAGGUGCUUGAGUAUUACCUCAGAGAAAACAAUAAGCUCAUAUGAAAUUAGAACUAGUUAAAGGUUAUGUUACAAGACUUUUCCAUCCAAAAUUAACUGUUAUUGGAAGAGAGUUACUUGUAAAGUGGUGUAUUUUUCUAUACCAACUGUGUAAUGUUGUUUUCUUUUUAUUGCUCAUCAUUCAAAAUAUGAGCCUAAGCAAAACUUUUGUGCCA